AAUGCGGUGAGAUGCACGCGCCACCUGGUUCGUUUAUAAUAACUGUUGAUGGCAUUCGUGGCCCCUACUCUCCAAAACAAACUCACAACGCUCCAAACAAACCAUUGUCAUUCAUCCAUAAACCUCUCUCUUUCUGUACUCUCUCUCUCUCUGUGGUUUUUGGAUCUGGCCGUUGAUUUUUUCGGGACGGCAAUAAUUAUUUGCAUGAACGCCGGAGAUGGCUUCUGUUUGCGUCAACAAUGUUACUGUUUCUCAGGAAUUUCCUACUUACGGAUGUUUCAACCCACGAGCUUCUUUCAGCCGUGAAGAUGGUGGUCGGAGUUCUGGAUCCGCCGCAUCAGAGAUUCCGAAGGAGGAAAUAGCAGUCGGAGCUGGUGAUUUCGAGUUUAGGUUAGAAGAGGAUCCAGUCGGAAUGCUCCCAGCCGAUGAGCUUUUCUCCGACGGAAAACUCGUGACGAAGCAGCAACAACAGACGGUGGAGACCGGCGGGAAAUGCAGGAGGAUGGAAGUGGUUGAGAUGGAGAUCUCCGGUGGUGGCGAUAAUUGUUCCUUUUCUCCAAAGGCGCCACGUUGUUCGAGUAGAUGGAGGGACUUGUUAGGGCUUAAACGAUUCUCUCAGAAUAGCAAAGCCGCGUCAACGGCGACGACAACGACGAUUCCUUCGAAUCCGAGAUCGUCUACUUCGUCGUUGAAACAAUUCUUACAUCGGAGCUCCAGAUCCUCGUCGUCUUCCGGAUCUUCCUCUUCAGAUGCUUCGUUACUCAUGAGUCUUCCUCUCCUCAAGGAUUCCGAUUGCGAAUCUAUCUCUAUAUCAUCUUCUCGUAUGUCUCUCUCAUCUUCCUCCUCCGGCCACGACCACGAAGAUAUCCCAAGGCUCUCUCUCGAUGCAGAGAGACCUAACCAUAACCAUAACCAUAACCACAUCAUUAACCUCAACCACAAUCUCACUGCGAAUCCAUUUGCUCCCGCUCGUAGCCUAAACCCAAAUCCACCGAGAAUGAGGUUAGUGAACCAUUCAUCAGCAGGAACCGGAGGAGGGAGAGUUGGACGAAGCCCGAUGCGACGUUCCGGUGGAGAAACAUCUCAAACAUCAGCGAUUACGAGCAGAGGAGUCUCUGUAGACAGUCCAAGACUAAACUCUUCAGGUAAAAUCGUGUUUCAGAGCCUUGAAAGAAGCUCAAGCAGUCCUAGUAGCUUCAAUGGUGGAACAAGCGGGUAUAGACACAGAGGAAUGGAGAGAUCGUAUAGUUCAAACGUUAGGGUAACUCCAGUACUAAACGUUCCCGUUUGUUCAAUUAGAGGUGGUUCAGUAGUAUUUGGCCAGUUCUUCUCUUCCUCGUCGCAACACAAUAAAACAGGGAAUGGCAACAACAACAACAACAACAGAUCGUCGUCUCAUAUCAGUAGAGGUCGUAACUCCACGGAUCGAAUCUAACCCCGACAAGGAAAUCAUCAAAUGGUAACAACAACACAAUCUUGUUGAUUCAACAGUAGCUAGCUAGCUAGUAGCCUAGUAGUAAUCAUUCUGUUUUUUGGUUUGUUUACAACAAAUCUUAUUUUUAACA